CUGUUUCCCCAGCAUCUGCAGGCGCUGGUGCGCUUGCCGCUCCUUUCCCGGCUCCCGGUGCUGCUCUGCCCGGGAGGCGGGGCCGGGGGCGUGGCCGGCGGGGCUGAGCAGAGAGCAAGGCUCUGCAACCCGUCCGCCGACAGGUGGCCCCGCACCUGCAGGCGCCGGUCUCCCCGCUGCGUCCUCUGGGCUGUGGCCGGGGCGAUGGUGGACGUGCUGGGCGGGCGGCGCCUGGUGACCCGCGAGGGCGCGGUGGUGGAGGCGGAGGCGGCGCUGCAGAACAAGGUAGUGGCUCUGUAUUUCGCCGCGGGCCGGUGCGCCCCCAGUCGUGACUUCACGCCGCUGCUCUGCGACUUCUACACCGCGCUGGUGGCGGAGGCGCGGCGGCCCGCGCCCUUCGAGGUGGUGUUCGUGUCGGCGGACGGCAGCGCCGAGGAGAUGCGGGACUUCGUGCACGAGCUGCACGGAGCCUGGCUGGCGCUGCCCUUCCACGAUCCCUAUCGACACGAAUUGAAGAAGAGGUAUGACAUCACGGCCAUCCCCAAACUCGUGAUCAUCAAGCAGAAUGGAGAUGUCAUCACCAACAAAGGGCGGAAGCAGAUCCGGGAGCAUGGGCUGGCCUGCUUCCAGAACUGGGUGGAGGCAGCUGACAUUUUCCAGAACUUUUUGGUGUGAAUCUGGAGGGACCUGACAGGUGCUGGGUCUGUCUGCAAUGGGGGAGCUGUUGCUUUUCCUCUCUGCUGAGGGAUUUCAUAACAGAGGUGCUAAGCUAUGACAGAAAGUGAAAGUUGCUCAGGAAAAAUAAUACACACCCUGUGUGGAUCCUUCCGCUCCUGUGUAGACAUUUUUAUUUGUUUAUAGCUUUAUCUACCUAUGCCUAGCCUCCAGCAUUUAUCUUCAGGGAACUAUAGAGAUCUAUGCGAGCAAGAUAUUCCUUUCUAGAGGUUUCUUUGGUAAAAUGAUCUACAGUGAUACAUUUUAUGAUGGUCUCUCACAUUUUAAUGGUACUUUGACAGGCACAUUUAUUAAUCAAGUUUGCAGACCAUGUGGUUUAAUAAAUAAAUCUUUAUACUUGA